AAGUCCCAGUCCUGCUGUCCCAAGGGACUCCGGGGUCAGGUGGAGUAGGCAGGGCAGUCUGCCACGGGCUCCCCAACUGAAGCCACUCUGGGGAGGGUCAGGCCACCAGAAAAUUUGCCCAGCUUUGCUGCCCGUUGGCCAUGGGUGACCUCUCAUCUUUGACCCCCGGAGGGUCCAUGGGUCUCCAAGUAAACAGAGGCUCCCAGAGCUCCCUGGAGGGGGCUCCUGCCACCGCCCCGGAGCCUCACAGCCUGGGCAUCCUCCAUGCCUCCUACAGCGUCAGCCACCGCGUGAGGCCCUGGUGGGACAUCACAUCUUGCCGGCAGCAGUGGACCAGGCAGAUCCUCAAAGAUGUCUCCUUGUACGUGGAGAGCGGGCAGAUCAUGUGCAUCCUAGGAAGCUCAGGCUCCGGGAAAACCACGCUGCUGGACGCCAUGUCCGGGAGGCUGGGGCGCGCGGGGACCUUCCUGGGGGAGGUGUAUGUGAACGGCCGGGCGCUGCGCCGGGAGCAGUUCCAGGACUGCUUCUCCUACGUCCUGCAGAGCGACACCCUGCUGAGCAGCCUCACCGUGCGCGAGACGCUGCACUACACCGCGCUGCUGGCCAUCCGCCGCGGCAAUCCCGGCGUCUUCCAGAAGGUGGAGGCCGUCAUGGCAGAGCUGAGUCUGAGCCAUGUGGCAGACCGACUGAUUGGCAACUACAGCUUGGGGGGCAUUUCCACUGGUGAGCGGCGCCGGGUCUCCAUCGCAGCCCAACUGCUCCAGGAUCCUAAGGUCAUGCUGUUUGAUGAGCCAACCACAGGCCUGGACUGCAUGACUGCUAAUCAUAUUGUCGUCCUCCUGGCGGAACUGGCUCGCAGGAACCGAAUUGUGGUUCUCACCAUUCACCAGCCCCGUUCUGAGCUUUUUCAGCUCUUUGACAAAAUUGCCAUCCUGAGCUUCGGAGAGCUGAUUUUCUGUGGCACACCAGCGGAAAUGCUUGAUUUCUUCAAUGACUGCGGUUACCCUUGUCCUGAACAUUCAAACCCUUUUGACUUCUAUAUGGACCUGACAUCAGUGGAUACCCAAAGCAAGGAACGGGAAAUAGAAACCUCCAAGAGAGUCCAGAUGAUAGAAUCUGCCUACAAGAAAUCAGCAAUUUGUCAUAAAACUUUGAAGAAUAUUGAAAGAAUGAAACACCUGAAAACGUUACCAAUGGUUCCUUUCAAAACCAAAGAUUCUCCUGGAGUUUUCUCUAAACUGGGUGUUCUCCUGAGGAGAGUGACAAGAAACUUGGUGAGAAAUAAGCUGGCAGUGAUUAUGCGUCUCCUUCAGAAUCUGAUCAUGGGUUUGUUCCUCCUUUUCUUCGUUCUGCGGGUCCGAAGCAAUGUGCUAAAGGGUGCUAUCCAGGACCGCGUGGGUCUCCUUUACCAGUUUGUGGGCGCCACCCCGUACACAGGCAUGCUGAACGCUGUGAAUCUGUUUCCUGUGCUGCGAGCUGUCAGCGACCAGGAGAGUCAGGACGGCCUCUACCAGAAGUGGCAGAUGAUGCUGGCCUAUGCACUGCACGUCCUCCCCUUCAGCAUUGUGGCCACCAUGAUUUUCAGCAGUGUGUGCUACUGGACGCUGGGCUUACAUCCUGAGGUUGCCAGAUUUGGAUAUUUUUCUGCUGCUCUCUUGGCCCCCCACUUAAUUGGUGAAUUUCUAACUCUUGUGCUACUUGGUAUCGUCCAAAAUCCAAAUAUAGUCAACAGUGUAGUGGCUCUGCUGUCCAUUGCGGGGGUGCUUGUUGGAUCUGGAUUCCUCAGAAACAUACAAGAAAUGCCCAUUCCUUUUAAAAUCAUCAGUUAUUUUACAUUCCAAAAAUAUUGCAGUGAGAUUCUUGUAGUCAAUGAGUUCUACGGACUGAAUUUCACUUGUGGCAGCUCAAAUGUUUCUGUGACAACUAAUCCAAUGUGUGCCUUCACUCAAGGAAUUCAAUUCAUUGAGAAAACCUGCCCAGGUGCAACAUCUAGAUUCACAAUGAACUUUCUGAUUUUGUAUUCAUUUAUUCCAGCUCUUGUCAUCCUAGGAAUAGUUGUUUUCAAAAUAAGGGAUCAUCUCAUUAGCAGGUAGUGAAAGCCAUGGCUGGGAAAAUGGAAGUGAAGCUGCCGACUGUGCAUGACUGCUCUGAACGUCUGAAAUGAGAGUGCCAUGUAUUUCUUUCUUGAUAGGACAUCUCAAGUCUUUUAACCAUUAAGACUCCAUUUGUGCCUUUUGGAUCCAAGCAGGCCUUGAAUGCAAUGGAAGUGGUUUAUAGUCCCUUGCUCUUACAACUUGCAGGGACAUGUGGUAUUUGGAAAUUGUGACUGAGUG